GUGUUGUCUCUCGGCGAGCUGAAAAGGGAAUGCGGUGCGUACGUAUGCGUUAGCUCGUUCUAUCUACUCUUACGCUCCUCUUUUCAGUUGCAUCGUGCAUCUUUCGAGGGUAGCAGGUGUCGCGGGCUUUAUAUCUUUUUCCUGCGUGGCUUGUCGCCGGUGACUCACGGCGCUGACGCUCCAGGGGAUCGACAGCGCCCUCAAGCGCCUAGGCCGAAUCCAGUAAGUUGAGCCAGGCUGUAUGGAGGGGUUUGUCUACGUAGCCAGUCUGGGGUCGUGUUUGAAUCUUGAAGAUAUAAGCCAGGGUGUGGAACUUGUGCUGGGUGAUAGUCUGGUUUGAACUCUUUCCAAUCGAAUCUACAGAUCAAGCCGACAAAUAUCCUCCAGCCCUCUCAAAAAGCAAAGUAUCAUCACCACCGCAAUGACGACUACUGUGCACCCUGAGCCUACUGCAGCUGAGAUUGUCGAGCACCACGAGUACGAUGCCGGAGACGUGCAGCGGGUCUCUUUUCGCAAGAUCAAUUACCCCUUGGCCAUUGUUGAGCCAGAUGCAGGCUGGGCCACUCGCUUCCAAGCGCAUCGGGAUGCGAUUAUCAAGGCAUUGGGACCGACGAUAGUCUCUAUCGAGCACGUCGGCUCAACCAGUAUCCCUGGGCUGCCAGCCAAGGAUGUCAUUGACAUUGACCUGACGGUUGCUGAUCUCAGCGACGAGGACAGCUACGUCCCAGCUCUCGAGGACGCCGGCUUUCAGUUCAUGCUGCGAGAGCCGUCCUGGCACGGCCAUCGAUUCUUUGUCGCCUACAGACCCAACGAUUGUAACUUACAUGUCUGGGGUCCUGGAUGUCCUGAAACCAUUCGCCAUAAACUGAUGCGCGAUUGGCUCCGUGAACACAAGGACGACCGUGAAGCAUACGCGGAGAUCAAGCGCCAGUCGGCUACAGAGACGAAUGCCGUGGGUGGCAAUGUGAUGGACUACAACUUUCGUAAAGAGGGAUUCAUCCGAGAGUUACUGGACCGGAUUUUCAAGGCAAAAGGAUAUUUGUAAAUAAUUUUAGAGAAAUUUCUGUGAACGUGCAGACAUGCUAUGAUAGACGGCAAUGCGGGUUUCGAACACUGGAUGAUACUUACGAGACACGAUGAAAAGAAGAAAAUCGGCUUUAGAAUGUAGCCACUACAGAAAAUGAGAAAAUUGACCAG